UUCUCGAACAACCUCGCAAUAAUCACGAUGACGAUUGCGCCGCUGUUGCUGCUGCUGCUCUGCUCGAAUUUCUGGGCCCUCGGCGAGGCCAAAGGUUUGCCGCCCUUGGAGAACGUCGCGAAAUUCGACGAGGAUGAUUAUCAACUGGAGAUGGUUCAAGUCCUGUUCAGGCACGGCGCGAGGACGGCCAUCGGCUGCGAGGCGAUCCUCAUACCGAACAAUAGCGAGGCCUACUACCAACCCUGGGGCUACUCUCAACUCACUAACGUGGGCAUGAAGCAGGAGUACCGAAUCGGCCAGAUGCUACGCCGGAGAUACGACGAUUUUCUCGGCGAUCAGUACAGACCGAGGGACGUCUACGCCUACAGCUCGGACUACUCGCGCACCAAGGCCUCGCUCGAGCUCGCCCUCGCGUCCCUCUAUCCGCCCAAGGGCCAGCAGAUCUGGAAUCCGGACCUCGACUGGAUGCCCAUCGCCGUCAACUCGAAUCCCCGCCAGCUGGACAUUCUCAUGAAGCCACGAUUCUGUCCCAAAUUCAUAACGACGCUGCAGCGGCUCUACAACACGACGGAGGUGCGCGACACCCUCCGAGAAUUCGCCGACGUGAUCGACCUCAUGAAGAGCAGAUACGAGAACUUCACCUUCAUGAACAUCAUCUGCGCCUACAACUUCCUGCUGAUCCAGAAGGAUCUGCAGCUGGCCCUGCCCGACUGGUACACGGACGAGAUCUACGAGAAGAUCCAGCGCGCGAACGAGUUCUAUCUGGCCACGUUGUCGUGGACGCGGGAGCUCAAGCGAUUGAACGGCGGCACUCUGGUGCGCCAAUUUUUGGAGAACAUGCGUCUGGCCAGGCGCAAGCUCUACAUGUACGCGUCGCACGACAAGAAUCUGCACGCCGUGGUGGCGGCGCACAAUUUGACCCUCGGCCAGUAUCCGGAUUACGGCAGUGCCGUGAUAAUCGAGAAGCUGAAGGACGGAGAGAAUAACAGAUACGUCAGGCUACUGUUGUGGAUCGGCGAGCCGAAGAAACUGAUGCGCCUCGAGAUGCCGGGCUGCGCCGAGAUCUGCCCGUUGUCGAGGUACGAGGAGCUCGUGGCGCCGAUCGUGCCGACGGACGAGGACAUGCGCUGCCUGUUCCAGGGCCUGGAGCCCAAGGACCUCGAGCGGAUCUUCGACACGGACAGCGUCGAGCCUGGCUCAGCCUGAACGACGAUAUAAUGAAAAUGAUCGAAUGAA